AUGGUUUAUACUUCUCUUCCAUCAUAUAUGGAUCCAACCAAUUGGCAUCAACAGCAACAAAAUCAUCAUCAAGUGGCUAACGGUAAUAGUGUCAACACUCCUUUUCUUGUUAACUCACCACAGCCUCUACCAUCGAACCUGACACCAUCGCAGCCACAUGAAAGCUCGAUUAGGCCAGGUUCGAUGGCAGAUAGGGCAAGGAUGGCAAACAUACCUAUGCAAGAACAGUUGCAAAAAUGUCCAAGGUGUGAUUCAACCAACACAAAGUUUUGCUACUUCAACAACUACAGUCUCUCACAGCCUCGCCACUUCUGCAAGACCUGCAGAAGGUAUUGGACAAGGGGCGGCGCGCUUAGAAGUGUCCCGGUCGGCGGUGGUUGCCGAAGAAACAAAAGAACUAAGUCAAGCAGUAACAACACCUCCAAGUCACCGGUCAGCUCCGAUCAGCAAACCACCUCGGCAAACAACUCUCCGGCAGUACUCAGCUCCCAGACGCCACCGCCGAUGAGAUUCAUGUCUCCUUUACAUCAUCUCGGCGAUCAUCACCUCGGUGAAAUAGCUCUAAACUAUAAUUUUCCUACUCAAAUGGGAGGAGGUAUAGGAGACUUGAAUUUCCAUAUUGGAAGCGUCGGCGGUGGUAAAAGUGGUGCUUCUGCUUCGAUUUUACCUACCGGUAACUUCGAGCAAUGGAGAAUGCCACAAACUCAUCAAUUUCCCUUCUUAACAAGCUUAGAACCUUCUUCUUCACAUGGAUUGUUGUAUCCAUUUGGUAAUGAUCAAGAACACGCAUAUGGUGGUGUCUCUAAGGUAUUAACAGCUUCUAGUGUGAAAAUGGAAGAGAAUCAAUCUAAACAAUUCUUGGGAAUGAUCAACAACAACAAUAACAACAAUAAUAAUAAUCAUAAUAGUGAACAAUAUUGGAAUGCUUCUAAUGAUGGUGGUGGUGCUACUUCAACUUGGAAUGAUCUUUCACCUUUUAACUCUUCUUCCGCUACUACAAAUUCCAACUAUAGAACUUAA